AUGACGCUCCGCGACACAUACACCAGGUUCCUGGCGACGCCCUCUUCGGGUGCGCUGGCGGACAAUGCCUCGCUCCACUAUGUCACCACCACGACCAGCAUCAACGACGCGACCGCCAUCAUCAAGCACCUGUCUGUUCAGGAGAAGCUUCUGAAGAAGACCAAGGAGAAGGUGCUCAACGCGAUUGAGGGCGGUAAUGGCCUGAGUAUCGACGUUGAGACGACUAUCGAGUUCGUCAACGGCGGCGGCGCAUACCUGCCAGGCCUGGAUGACAAUUUCGUCACCGACCGAACUGUGACGUUCCCUAUGACCUUCGGUUUCGUCCUCAAGACGGACGGGGUGCACAUGGUCCACUUUGACAAGUCGGGCAAGAUUACACAAAUCCGCCAGUACUGGGACCAGGGCUCUCUGCUCAAGCAGAUCGACGUCAUCGGUGCGCGCUCUCGCAACUGGCCCAUCCGCGACAGCAGCGAACAGAUCCGCCUCAUCACAUCCAACGCGGCAGCUGCACAGACCGAGUCGAGCGCAUCGUCGCGGCCCUCAACCUCAGCUUCACGAGGCGCAGAUGAGGUCUCCAUCAGCUCCCGCUCGAGGGGAUCAACGAACAAUGCCAUGAACGACCCGCACGCAUCGCUUGCCCUGUUUGCGCCUCGCGAGGUUGACACUGAGGAGCGGGAGUCGCGCAGCUCUGGGCCGGCCGCGCCCCGCGCUCAAUCUGCGAAGCCGCCUCCACGCGAGUACUCUGAGCUGUUCGCUGGCGCAGGGGGCGACUCACCGUCUCCUUCGCCCCAGCGCAUCCCAGCCAAAGCAGGCAGCGGAAAGAACUUCAAGGCCAACCGAUUGUUUGAAGAGGAAGAAGACGAGCACCCAGUCGCCCCGAUGAGCAUCAAGACGAGCUCCAAGAAGUACGACCACUUCACGUUUGGCGAAGGCGAGGAGACACCCAAGGUACGAGACACUGCGCGACCAUCCAAGCACGACCAGAACCGCAACAGGAACGACGCCCACUGGGACUUUGACGACUUCGCCACCCCGAACAAGUCAAAGCCCAAGACGCUUCCUAAUGCCGUUCGUCACUUUGGCUGGAGCGACGAUGAGGACACCUCCCCCGUCCGCCGCCCCAUCGUGCACAAGGCGCGCCCCGACCAAGACGCCCACUUCGACUUCGUCGACGAAGGCACACCCGAAGGCCAGCGCAAAGCCGCACCCACUAAGGGCGGACGCAGCAACAAAGGCCAAGGCCUCUACGAAGACCACGUCACGGACAAGACGGACGAAACCAGCGGCGACAACAGCGACGCAAGGCGCGCCCUGAACGAUGUAACGCAGUCCAAGACGCAGACGCGCAACUCCAUGAAGACACACUGGGGCACGCACGCUGACUCACCAGAGAACCGCGGCAUAAACAUUGCGGGUAAUGGUAUGGGUGGGCGCAAGGGCACAGAGGCUGCGUGGUCUCUCUUCGAAGAGAGCCCUGUUAAGAAGGAGAACAACAAUGGCGCGGGGAUUAAGACGGAGGGCGAUGGCAUGGGUGGUAGGAAGGGUGCGGACAAGUCGUUCUGGGACUUUUAG